GUGUUUGGAACUUUCAUGUCUGGAAUGAAGUAUGGUUUACUCGACCGGAUCUCCAAGAUCACAUAUACGACGGUUGGCAGGUCAUUGAUGCUACUCCUCAGGAGCUGAGUGAAGGAAUAUACCAGUGUGGCCCUUGUCCCGUGGUCGCCGUGAAGAAAGGUUUGACCCACCUUCCUAUUGAUGCGGGAUUUGUAUUUUCGGAGGUCAAUGCAGAUAUGGUGUACUACAAGAAGACAGAAAGCGGUAAAUUCAAGAGGAUGAGGACUGUAAAGAACCAUGUUGGACAGACAAUCAGCACCAAGAAGCCAGAUGGCAUGCCGAUGCCUAAAAACACACUGUCUAAUUGGACACUAAUCGAUGUUACAAAGCAUUACAAAUGGCCAGAGGGCAGUUUGGAUGAGAGGACCUCUGUAGCAAGAGCACGCAGAUAUGCAGGGAGUGAAAUUCUUGAAGAGAAAGAGGAAGUCAACAUCACCAUAAAGACGGCGAGAGAGGAGUUCGACAUUGGACAAGACGUCACAGUGUUUGUAACUGUGAAAAAUACGAGCGCAGAUACAGAAAACAGAAUGAAGAUUUCGAGCGUGAGACUCAUGAUGAGUUCUCUUGACUACACGGGACAAAAAAAUAAACAGAUACGGAAAAUAGACAAUCAGGGUUUCUACAUCAACCCUGGCGAAGAGAAACAAUUUGACAUGACGGUUACAUGGGACCAAUACAAUGAUAAACUCCAGGACAUGGGCAACCUCCAAGCUUCAGUGGUAGUGAAUGUGGCCAAGUCCGGCAACUCAUUCCCAGAAAAUUUGAUAUUCACACUCAGGAAUCCGGCCAUCAUUGAUAUAGAGGUCCCAGACAACUGCAAAGUUGGCACAAACGUCAGCGUGAAAUUCACGGUAGUCAACCCUCUUCAGAUUCCCCUCACAAAGUGUAUACUCAAAAUUGAUGACGAAAAGUUCGAGGAUCACCAGGACGUUGACCAGAUUGAUAUCGCUCCAAAGUCAAAAUGGACAACAACCUUAGAAAUGAAGCCGAUUCGACCUGGAAGGGGAUUGGUCAUCGCUGCUCUUGACACCAAGGAGCUUCCGGAUAUAACUGGAUUUUCCGAAACAGAUAUUUCUGAAUGAGGCGUCUCCACUGACCCAGCAUUGUGUUAUAGUUUACAGAACUGGCGUUAUAAUAGAUCCUUACACCAUAGCUUGAAAUGCACAGUUACGCAAGGGGACGUUAGUUACAAUUCUUAUGUUCAUAUAUAUUAUAUACUACAGAUCAAGAGUAGAUAUACGCUGUAUUUAUGUAUAUGUUUUUUUACUAGCUAUGUUUUUUCAGAUGUGCCAUGUUUUCAAAAAUAAUGUUUAUUAUUCUCAAUCAUUAAUAGUAUCACAUAUUACAAUUGUUUUCGCUGUACAACUACUCUAACUAAGGAAUGAAUACAAGACUGUAUAUGGUUACAUUGUACAACCAUACCGUGUAUGCUGUACACAAUGAGACGUCGACAUUUACACCCGA